CAACCCUCCCCGUCCCAAAGCUUUGCCUUUUUUUCAUCGCCAUUUUCUCUUCCAAGCAUCUUUCUUUUUUGCCUCUCUCAUCAAUCAGAUCUCUUAAAACCCAUUUGCAGAAAGACCUUAAAGUGAAAUCACCGAAGACGCUCGGCUCAUAAGGAUCGAUUGCCUCCGUUGCAUAAUAAAACCAAAUUUUCCUCGAGGUCUUUUCGUCACCCAUCCAAUUUUCUAGAAGGAAACAUUCUGAAUGGCUGGCAAAGCAGCGCGAUCAGUGGCGAAGGCAGUGGGGGAAUACCAAUACCCAUGGUGUGAAAAGUUGGCUAAGUACAAGGUAGAGUUAUCGAAGGGAGUGUGGGGUUACUGGGAGCUCGGAGCGUGGAAGCCUCUUGGGAUCAGCGCGAGGCGUCGAGCUAGGCUUCGAAAGGAAAUGCUCUUAGCGGGGCAAGAUUGGCCGUAUGAUCCGGAGAGGAAAGAGAUGAGAACCAAGAUGAAAGGUCAUAAAUGUGACAGAAUCUCAGCUGAGAAAAGGGAGAAUACUGCUAAUUUGAUGCUGAAGAUGCCUGACAUGUUGCUUGCUUAUAAGAAACGCAGGUGGGAGAAUAAAAUGAAGGAAGAAGAGAAAUCCAAAGACAAAUGAAUCUGCAUUUCAUUUGAUUUUAGUUAAAAAAAAAGAACUAAAGGAUUCUAAAUCUUGUACUGAUGGAUUCAAUGUUGUUUUGAUCUUUUCUAUAUGCCAAUAGGUGGAUUGAAUUGUUGAUUUUGACUUUUCCGUGUGUGUUGGAUUAGUCUUUUUAAAUGCCAAUAGGAUGGCAGAUGUUGAUU